CGUAUCUCUAACUAGUCUGUGUUCUCUUAUUGGUCUGUGAAUUUGACGUUGUGUGUAUUGAGUUAGUAGUUUUGUUGUAAUUGUGAAAUUGUAGUGAAAUUAAAAGGAAAUACGAAAUUAAUGCUUAUGCCCAGAACAAUAACUAAUGUGUAUGCUUAAUUUAAAUAGAUUGAUACGUACUUAUACACACCAUACAAUAUGGAACAUUCUUCUGAAAACUUGUUAUCUAUGCUCAUGGAGAAAAUAAACUUUGGCGAAGAUCUAACGUUCCGAUUGCAGUCAGUCAAAGACGUAGACGGAGUUUCAAAAUUACAAAAGAAAAUUCGUCAAGAAGUAGAGUUUUUGAAAAGAUUGCAGAAGAAUGAUAAAAUUAAAGUUGAGCAACUUUCUUGUUCAAAUCUCCGGCACUUGGGUGCUAUGGUUGAUUUUGCUUUAAAACCGGGAGUGCUUGCAGUUUGUAAGAUAUUUCAUAUUAAUGAUGAAAGCAAAUUGCUUAUUGAUAUAAUUAGUGAUGGAGGAAAAACUUGGACUAAAGUAAUAGCCAGAAAUCCAAAAUCCCUGACUGCAUUAAGUACUGGUAAAGCAUCAUAUGGUGCUAGAUCAAUUUUAGAUCAAGCUGAAGAUUAUUUGGAAUGUGCUCAGCUAUAUCCAUGCAUGUACAAGCCGCCAAAAGUAAUUUUUGAAUUUACAAGUGGAAUAGAAGAAAGUUUAGCAAAUAAGUUGAAAGGUAUUGGUGUCCAUGUAAAAGGUGACAUACUUCUUGAUUCUUGCACUCCAGAUGAUUUCAAUGACAUCUGGGAUUCUGGUUCAACAGAAGAUGAAUUAUGUGAUAGUCAAAAGAUUGAUGCUGUAUCUCAACAAAUUCAGGAUCAUUCUGAGUUGGUUACUCUUAAUUUAGAUGUCACAGCCAUGAUGGCAUAUGUCAGUAAUAUGACAAAUGGGCAUUGUAAUUAUGUUUUUAAACAAGAUGUUCUUACUCAGCAAUCUGCAUGGGAGGCUGAGCGUCCUGUGAAGCCUAUAUUGGACAGUUUAUUUGAAGGAAAAACACUUGUUUGCUGCAAAACCGCAUGGGAUGAUUUUGAAAAAAUUGUAGAAACUUUAGGUGGCAUAAUGGAGAAAAAGAGAACUGCAAAUUUGAGGGAGAUGAUUACUGUUUUUCCUGAUGAUUAUAAUGGACCAGAUGAUUACCCACGCCGGACUUUAAAAGUCAGAGGUCAUGUACGGCUAAGAUCAAAAAUUAUUUUUAACUUUGGACAUAGGUUAAAAUGUCUUACGGUUUCUGCUAAUGAAGGUUUUGUUCGGGCUGCAAUGCAACAGGGUGUCACUUAUGCGGCUUUCAUACACGAGUCAAGAGCACUGACUGAAGGAAAAGAAAGCAGUGCAAAAAAGAUAUCGUUAUGAUGUUUAAACAAUUUUCAUAUUAAAACCACAAAAAACAUUUACCACCUUUUUCUAAAACGCGGAUUAAAGUUAAUCUUGGUUUAAACCUAAUGCUGUCUCUAUCUUCUUUUUAGCAAACAAAAGUGACAGCAUCAGUUUUAAACCAGGGUCCUAUUACACCAAGUCGACAUAUGUCAUAAAACUUACAGGUAUUAUGUUAUAACAGACAAUCAAUACCAAACAACCAAACGAGAUAUGUCACUGAGAUGUACUACGGUUGUUAUGGGGUGAUCAAUUAACUACACUGAUUUCAUUUAUUAAAUGGUUAAUACUGGUUUUGCUUAUGCGUAAUUUAUCUUUGAACGCAAAAUCUUUGAUAUCGAAGGAGAACAGUUAUCGAUCUUCAUAAAUUCUCCUGAAUAAGAACUCAUCUUUUCAAGCUUUCGCGGAAAGCCUUUAACUAACAAUGAAAAUACUACAGCUGUAACACAAAUCUGUCAUAGUCUCGAUCUCAUGUCAAGAAUUAUCGACAAUUUGUCAAGCAGGUCGACUUAAAAAAAUAUCCAUGUUUCACAAAAUAAUUGAUGAUAAAGUAUGAUACGGACAAUUGUAGUAAAAUGCCUGUCAUUUUUAAAAUCAUUUCCAAAAAUAAUUCUCAAAAUUGUUACUUAUCACCUGUAACUCGACAAUUGUCGGCUUUCGUAUUUCAGUGGCAUUUGUCGACUUGGUGAAAUAGAGCCCAGAUUUAACUCUAGUCAAGGUUUAAAUAAAGGCAGUUAAGAGUUAACAAAAUUGAAAUGUUUUAUUAAUGAUGUUUGACUACUCGAUCCUUUCUGUGAUUUUUAAGAUUAGAAAAUGUGAUGAUAAUAAACCAAC